GUCAAACUUCCAACAUUAUUGAUUAGGUACUGUCAGUCACGCACGCGCUCUGCACACACUUUGUUUGGUGGACUGAUACUGCAUCAGUCGUCAAGUUCACAAGUUGUCAAUCGAUUAUCAGUUUCAUUUACAAGUUUAUUAGAUUUCUUGUAUUAUUGUGAAUAUCAUAAAAAUUGAUCAUGAGUGAAGAAGAAACCAUACCAUCGAGCGAUACCGAGUCUCAACGCAUAGAAGAAGAAUUUAUUAAAACUUAUAAGAAUUUACCCGUACUUUGGGACACUACAAAUAACUUUUAUACUAAUAAAUACAAACGGAAUGAAGCUGUAGAUGUGCUGGUAGAUGUCUUAAAGAAGUCAAAUCCAUCGGCCAAUAGAUACAGCGUACGAAAGAAAAUUAACAGUUUAAGAUGUUCUUUUAGAAAAGACUUAAUUAAACAUUUGUCUUCGAAGCGUAUUAAUGAAAAUGGCGAAGAAAUUUAUGAGUAUAAACCUACAAAUUGGAAGUUCUACGAACUGAGAUUUCUUGAAAGAGAGGAUGAUAGCAGUUUAACUGAAGUUAGAAUGGACGACAGCGCAUUUCUUGAGGUUAGUGCCGAUGAAUUGGCGUUUGGACAUGAGAUUUGUUCGUCUCCCGUUAGCGAUGUUUUGGCUACAAACAAUGAGCCUGCGAGAAAAAGAAAUAAAAGCAAGAAGAUUCUAAAAAGCAUAAAACUAGAAGAAGUAGACACUAAUGAAUAUCAUGGCAUGGACGGAGACGACCACGACUUGAUUGAUAGAGAGCUUGAGGCCGUAGGAGCCAAUGUAACUUGUAAACUCAAGAGGAUGAAUCCACUGCAAAGAUAUCAUGCAGAGUUAUUAAUCAAUAAGGUUUUAAUAUCUGGCUUGAAGAAUAAUUUAACUGAUGACACGGACUUGACGGACAUUUAUAGACCAUGACUAAAGACAUGGGAUUUAGAAGCGAGUUCAAUGUAUUGAGCUCACUGCGUGUUUGUGAAGAGCGCGUCGAAACAUUAGUUACUUAAGUACAUUAGUGAGUAGGCGUUACAUUAGUUUACGCAAUAGGCACACAAUGUAGAUCAUUUUCAUAAAAUCUUGCUCAAUUCUGUCUUAUCUCUAUUGUAAUUUAUUAAUUUCAAGCUGCUUUAAUAUUUAUACGCUAAAAUACUUUCUUUCUUUCCUUGUCAUGUAAUCACUAAAAACUGAUUCAGAAUAAGUGCAAUAGUGUACGUAUAUAAAUAACUACAUAAACAUUGUUGCCAUAAGGGAAAACCUGUGAUAAAUAAACUUUUUUUACUUUA